AUGCUCAGAGGAUUAGAGGAGGGAGGGGAGGUCUUAGCUGGAGUUGGGGGCAGUCGCGAAUUCUCAGAGCAGGAUCCGGAGGAUUAUACGAGGCAGGGCCAGGGACGCCAAAACCAACGCACUGACUAUGACAAGGAUUCCAAAAAAGAGGGAAAAGAGAAGGGACCCCACUUCAUGCAGAGAAACAGAGGGAGCAGUAAGUCAAGACUAUUAUCGAGUCACACGAGGACGCCAGCGAAUGAAGGAAUUGAGAGAUGUAGGAAUAACAAUAGAGUGAAAAAGAGAUAUUGA